GGACGGGGCCGCCGCUGCCGAGGAACAUCAAUAAUAACACGGCGGGCGCGGAGCGAGCGAGGCGCUGCGAGGAGAGAGGCUUUUCCCCGCUGCAAGGGACGCGGACGCCACGGCCCUGGGAAUUAGAGCUCUCGCCGCUGCAACCCUUCCCGCCGGGAUGCGACGCUAGGACCGUUCUCCUUCUACUUCUCGCUCUUUUUGAUUUUUUUUUUUUAUUUUAUUUUUUUUUCCUCGCCGUUUCGCAUCAUUUCUCUGACCAAAAAAAUCCCCCCCAACAUGGAGGCCCUUUGAUGCGUCCGCCAGCGGAGCCGGCUCCUCCCGCGGCUCUGCAAAGCCCUCCGGGCCGUGCCCUGAUUUUCCGAGGGCCGCCCCCGGCGCUCGGCCCGGGCGCUCGGAGGGCUCCCCGCGGCCCGGCCCGCUCCGGUCCCGCGGCGCUGAGCCGGGAGCCCCGCCGGGCGGGAUGCGGCUGGGGCGGCCGGAGAGCCCCGCUGCCGCCUGACGGGGGGCGCUUCCUUCCGACGACGGGAACCUGAAUGUCACCCCCGCGCCGGAGGCGGUGCGGGACAUGCCCAGCGCGGCGUGAGGGGCGCAGCCGGCUCUCCGGGGCGCCGAUUUGCGAUUAUUGUUAAUUUCUUUUUUUUUUUUUUUUUAAUUUAUUUCGGCCCCCAGCUCAGCCCCAAAGCCCCCCCCCCAAAGCACAGCCCCCGCACCGCGCCGGGCGGGACCGCCGGGAGUGAGCGCGGAGGACGAGGUGGGGAGCGGCCCCCGGCCCGCACCGGGUUAAUCGGUAACGCUGUGCAAACCCAGGUGGAAAAUGCGCCGUGCUCCGGACUAGGCGGGCGGCGAUGGUGCAGUGCCCCCGACCGCUCUGAGAGCCUGGCCGAGCAGCCGCCGGGGUGCGUGUGCUUGCGGGUUUGGGGCUUCGGGUUUUUGUUAUUUUUGCCUUCCCCCCACUUCUUAUUUUUUCCUUUUUUUUUUUUUUUUUUUUAAUUUUCCCCAGAAGGCAACCUUACCAAGAUCUCAGAUGGCUUAGAAAAAUUAAUAAUAAUCUGUGAAAAUAUGAAGUCGACCGGUUUUUGAUUUUCCCACCCUCCCCUCCAGCUCCCCAGCCCACUGCUGAGAUUGAGAUACAAGGACCCGUUUCCUGGAGGACGAGGAGAACAGACACGCUUUCUGGCGGUGUAGAAGGGACCGAUGGCAAUGCUUCAGAGCGUAGCGGAGACGCAGGAAAGAGAUUCAACCUGUUAACAAAAAAUCAAGCAGGGGGAAAAUACCAACGGGAAGGAAGGAGAUAUAUAUAUACACAUAUAUAUAUAUAUACAAUUUAGAAGUAUUCCCCAGGUGGCCUCAAAGCAUGGGCUGUGCUCCAAGCAUCCACAUCUCUGACAGCAGAGUGGUCUAUCACAGUAGCAAAGAGUCUGAGGAGUGCAAUUCCCCUCACCAGACCAACACAACCAUGUCUCAACAGCAGCAAGGCAACCCCGUCCCAGGAUUAUUCAUUAAGUCCUCCAACACAUCCACUUAUAAGGUGAGGACUAAUUCCUCUAAGAAAGACAAGAGGGAGAACAGCCAGAGCAUGGAGGCAGAGACCCAGACCAGCAGAUCCAGUGUUAAGGCACCAGUAACAGAUGUGCAGUUUGGCCCUAUGAGACUUCAUCAAGAUCAACUUCAGGUACUUUUAGUGUUUGCCAAAGAAGAUAACCAGAGUAACGGGUUCUGUUGGGCAUGUGAGAAAGCUGGGUUUCGAUGUAAUAUUGCCAGGACACCUGAGUCGGCACUAGAAUGUUUCCUUGAUAAACACCAUGACAUUAUCAUUAUUGACCAUAGACAUUCCAGAUACUUUGAUGCAGAAGCAUUAUGCAGGUCUAUCAGAACAACGAAACCCUCAGAAAAUACAGUCAUUAUUGGUGUAGUACGAAGGCAUGCUGAUCGUGAAGAGUCAUCAAUACUGCCCCUGAUCUCUGCUGGCUUCACAAGGAGAUAUGUAGAAAAUUCUAACAUAAUGGCCUGUUACAAUGAGUUGAUUCAGCUGGAAUUUGGAGAGGUGCGGGCACAAUUCAAACUAAGGGCAUGUAAUUCAUUAUUUACAGCAUUAGAGAAAAGUCAAGAAGCCAUUGAGAUCACAAGUGAAGACCACGUAAUACAGUACGUCAAUCCUGCUUUUGAAACAGUGAUGGGCUAUCAAAUAGGCGAACUGAUAGGAAAGGAAUUAACAGAAGUGCCUAUAAAUGAAAAAAAAGCUGAUUUCCUAGAUACUAUUAAUUCCUGCAUAAAGAUAGGAAAGGAAUGGCAAGGAAUGUACUAUGUGAAAAAGAAAAAUGGAGAUAGCAUACAACAAAAUGUGAAGAUACUACCUGUCGUUGGACAGGGAGGAAAGAUUAGACACUAUGUGUCAAUUAGUAGACUGUGCAAUGACAACAAUAAGGCAGAGAAGACAUGUGAACGUGUUCAGGCUGAAUCUCAGACAGAUAUUCAGACUUGCAGACACAAGGACAGGAGGAAAGGAUCACUAGAUGUCAGAUCCACAACAUCACGAGGGAGUGAUGGCAGCUCACAAAGGCGUCACUCUUCUAUGGCCAGGAUACAUUCCAUGACUAUCGAAGCACCCAUCACCAAGGUAAUAAACAUCAUCAACGCUGCACAAGAAAGCAGUCCCAUGCCAGUUGCAGAAGCUUUAGACCGAGUUUUGGAGAUUUUAAGAACCACUGAAUUGUACUCUCCACAACUGGGGACAAAAGAUGAGGAUCCACACACAAGUGACCUCGUUGGAGGGUUAAUGACAGAUGGUUUACGAAGAUUAUCAGGGAACGAAUACAUAUUGUCAGCAAAACAAACUCACCAGGUCGCUGGCAGUUUGAUCUCUCCAAUCUCCCUCAAUGACAUCCCCCCACGGAUAACACAGGCGAUGGAAAAUGAGGAACACUGGGACUUCGAUAUCUUUGAACUUGAGGCUGCCACCCAUAAAAGGCCUUUGGUUUAUCUGGGUCUCAAAAUAUUUGCUCGCUUUGGAAUCUGUGAAUUCCUAAACUGUUCAGAAUCAACUCUGAGGUCGUGGUUACAAGUUAUUGAAGCCAACUACCAUUCCUCCAACUCCUACCAUAAUUCUACUCAUUCAGCAGAUGUACUACAUGCCACUGCUUAUUUCUUGUCUAAAGAAAGAGUAAAGCAAACUUUGGAUCCGAUUGAUGAGGUUGCUGCACUCAUUGCUGCCACAGUCCAUGACGUGGAUCACCCAGGAAGAACAAAUUCUUUCCUGUGCAAUGCUGGCAGCGAGCUAGCGAUUCUCUACAACGACACUGCAGUGCUGGAGAGCCACCACGCUGCCCUGGCUUUCCAGCUCACCACCCAGGAUGACAAAUGCAAUAUAUUUAAAAACAUGGAGAGGAAUGAGUAUCGAACCCUUCGCCAAGCCAUUAUUGACAUGGUCUUAGCAACAGAAAUGACAAAGCACUUUGAGCAUGUCAACAAGUUUGUCAACAGCAUUAAUAAACCCUUGGCAGCGCUAGAAGAAAACGGGAAUAAUGGUGAUGGAGAGUCAAUCAAAACUGUUCUCACGUCUCCCGAAAACCGUAUCCUUAUCAAACGCAUGCUGAUAAAGUGCGCUGACAUCUCCAACCCGUGCAGGCCCAUGGAGCAGUGUAUCGAGUGGGCAGGACGCAUCUCCGAGGAGUACUUUGCACAGACUGAUGAAGAAAAGAGGCAAGGUUUACCCGUCGUGAUGCCAGUUUUUGACAGAAAUACUUGCAGCAUCCCCAAAUCCCAAAUAUCAUUCAUUGAUUACUUCAUCACCGAUAUGUUUGAUGCCUGGGAUGCAUUUGCAGACCUGCCAAAUUUGAUGCAGCAUCUGGAUAAUAACUUUAAAUACUGGAAAGGACUAGAUGAAAGGAAGCUGCGGAGCCUUCGACCACCACCAGAAUAGCAAUUAGACCAUGGUGUGUAAUUUGCUAACCAGACGCAUAUUUAUUCAAGCUCACUUUUAUUCAUGUGAUUUCAGAUUUGUUUUGGUCUCUUCAGUAUUACAGUAAGGCAAGCCCCUGCGCUUGGGGAACUUUCACAUUCGAGAGAACAUGAGGUCAGCAGUUGACUUCCACAAACUACCACGUGCGGACUCCAAAGAAAUAAGCCUAUCAAGUGGAAUUACACUGGAUUGCUGCAGUACUUGUACUGAAGAGGGUUUAUUAGCAAACAUAUUGUUGCGGUAUCUUCAUAGCAGUGCGUGAAGCCAGAGAACCUUGAAGAAUCCUCAUGAGAAGGACCUUCGCUAGGAGAUUUUGCUUAAUCCUCAAUCCCGCAAGUGAAAAAGAAAUGUCUAUUGAUAGAGACUCACAGCUUUUCUGAGAAAGCUACAUGCUUUUUACGAGCACUUAAGACAGUUCCAUAGAACAAUCAGACGUUUAAAAUGCAACUCUCUAUGAAGGAAUUUUUGAUCUAUGAAAAAUACACGUCCUCUAUUUUUUCACAUCACAGAAGGUGCAAUCAUUCACUUCUGAGCACUACUGAAAGUGAGUUCUCGUUAAGAAAUUUAGUAGCAAAUGUAAAAAAUAACACAAGAAUUUUUGAGGUUGAUCGUUAGCAUCUAUGAUUAAAAUGAUAUGUUUUAUUUAUUUUGUUAGAUGUUCAAUAUUUUCUAUGAAUUUAUAAAUACUUAAAAGCCAAAGCCAACUUUAGAUGCAUUACAAAUUUACAUGAUUCAUACUCAUUAAUAUACAUUUCAUUGAUGUACAGACCUUUUAUUUUCAUAAUGCAAAUACAAAAUACUAUACAAUGAUACGUUUUUAUUGCACUGUAAGGAUAGAUGUGUAUGUUUAAAUAUUGUCUGAUUUAUGUUAAUUAAAAUAAGUUCUAUUGAAAAGGUCUCACUUGAGAAUAGUAGAAUAAAGAAGAAAUGUAUGCUGUCCGAGCACCAGAACUGCAGUGGUUCUCCCCCAAACCAGUGACGACCACCUGAUCUUCCCUUCACUACAAAAAUAAUAAUAUGUUGGAACUUUUUGUUUUCUCCCAUGAAAUUUUAUGACUGAAUUCCCUGACAAAGUCUGCCUUAUUUUAUAUGGUAUUUCUACAAAGCAUUCCACAGCACAUACGAGGAGGCGACAUCUAAUGAAUUUCAGCAUUUUAUAGCCUAUGUAUUUUCCUCUGCCAUGAAAGAAACAGAACAUAAAACCACCCACAGAAACCUUGAACUCGAGAAGUUUGUAAAGGCUGUGUACCUUCACAAUUUGAAUUAAACCUUCAUAGCAAACACUAGAAAAUAAUAAAAUGUGUAUUUUAAGAAGUGUCAAAGUCCUAGCCAUUUAAUUUGGAAUGUGUUUCCUUCGUAGUUUGCAGACUAAUAGAUACAGGAAAUUAUUUAGAAAAAGAUAACUAAGGUGCUUGCUGUCGGGGAAGGGAAGAGUCGAGGGGGUUGGACCGGCAUAAGGGUGAUGAAAGGUGCUUUAUGGCUGCCAAGGCUCCGUGUUGGUGGCCCGGCCUUGGCGAGCCCAUCAGACCCUCGUGUGCCCUUGGACAAGUCUCUUCACAGCUAAAAGCAGCGCCACGUGGAUUCCACUGAAGGACGAGAAGAGCAUCCCGAGAAGAAGCAGCAAGGCUCCAAAGCACCGAAACGAUAGCCGGCUGCGGGCAGUGCCGAGGCAACUGGCGUUGGAGACUUUCUGAGCCCUCCCUGAAGAAGCACGAGCAGGGCGGAUGGGGGAGUCCAGGGACGGCAGCAAUGGGAGCCUUGAAGCAGCUCAAGGAAAAGCUGCUCUGCCUCCAUGAAGCUGCAUGACACGGUCAAUAUCUCCUCCACUUACCUGCUGUGAAAAGGAUAGGAGAGCAAAAGUAACAGCAAAUGGGUCCAGAGAAUGUCUGCAGGAAGGGGGUAAAAAUAUUUCUUCAUAAGCAUAGUUAGUAUUCUGUGUUGUACUAAUGAAUGGUGAAAGCAGUUAAUUUAAUCUGCUAUAAAAAUGCCUGAUGCAUCAUCACUGAAAAGAUGUGAUCGAUAUGAUUAAUUCCCUGAAAUUCACACUGCAUCUUUAAUGCCAUGCGUAGAGCUGUGCUAAUCAACCCUCCGUAUCAGCCAGGUCUAUGUCCGUAUUGGUGUACAAUAGUUUCAUAGAACAUAAAGCACUGAUUUGCAGCACUCAGUGCAGCUCUGUUGAUUCUGAAUUUCGCUGUUGCCAGGGUCAGAGUGUAAUUAAAGCCUGGAACCACCAUGCGUGAUGCUCACCGAAGAUCCCGACCCACUGAGCCCCUGCGCAAGCUCCGAGCAGCUCGUCAGCCUCACGCGCAGCCUGAGCCCCUGCCAUGGAAAGAACAAACUGAAAGAGCGUGAUUGAAAUUAUUCCCUGGCAGUCAUAUGCACUGUCUACACUUUUCAUUUGUUCUUGCUUUAAUGCUAAUGCAAGAGUAAAUUCUAAUGUAGACAUGAUGAAGGAGAACUCCUUUAUGCACCUCUGGGGUUUUAUUCCUUAAGCUUUGUGUUUUAAAACUGAAUACGGUUCAGCAAUUCAGCAUGAAAUGACCCAUCGAGAAUGAUUUGCUCUGUUUUCUGUGCUGCAUCUUUUCAGUCAGGUGAUGCUGCUAGACCUGAGUAUCACUUUAGUUGCUUCCAGGUGGGAAUGAACUAUUAUGAUCUGGUAAAAAAAUGUUGGCUCCUCAGCACAUUGCCCUAGAUGGAUAUCUUGGGCCCUUCCAGGGACAGGUAAAAAGUUCUGCGUAAUAAUAAUUGCUUAUUCUUACAAGAAGAGAAACCAGACGGGUAUUGUGCACAGCUGCCUUGUCGUAAGUCUGAAGAUGGCUUUCAUACUAUGGUUUUCCCAAUGGCUAUAUAUAAAUUUAAAAUCACCUGAAAUGGCAUGAAUGCCUUGGUUUCCGUUGCAGUGCUUUUUGCUGUGGCUGUCUCCACCUGUCUCAGUACAGACAUCAUUGAUAUGACGCUUAAGAAAACAUGUCAUGAACAUGAAGGAACCGAAGCAAUGACAAAGCCUCUCCUACAGAGAAGAAAGGAUAAUAAUAAUAAAAUCAAAUAUCUACUAAGCCCUUAGAGGAUGCUCAGAAACAGCGCAGGGAAACUGUAGUUGUGCCCUUCUGUGAGAGCAGAAGGAUUUGUGUCAUGACUGCGUGGAGCACUUUGACAUGGAGUCUCGGAGCCAUUCACGAGCUCAAAAACAAACAAUCUCUGCUGACGUGCGACGUGGUGCCUCCGAGGUACAGUGGUCCCCGGGGCGCUCGUUAGAUGAUGGCACGAUGGAUGGCGUUUCAUGGUGACACCAAGUUUGGAUGCAGAAAACGAGCUUUUAAAUGACUGCGUGUCCCUGUGCAGCCUGUACUGCUCCUUCAGAACAAGGGGGAUGUCCAGGUGCUUCAGCUGUUUUUGUUCUGCUGAAGUUGUGGCUCUAUGGGCAAGGACUUCUGUGUUGUAAUGCUUUCUCUUGAUGCCUGCUUUGAACGUUACCAGGGCAAAAUGUCUCAUGUUUUCCUCUAUUUCCCAUGUUAAAUGUCUUUUAAGAACCUCCUCCCUCACAAACCUCAGUGAAAUUAGCUUUGCAAGCCCCGUGAGGGUAUGUGUUAGCAUCCUCUUUAACAAGCAAGGCAAAUGAGUUAGAAAAGGCCAGAGGACCCAGAGUCACUAAGCAAAAUGGGUUUGUGGCUUCUGAACACUUUUGAAGUCCUGGACCUUCAAGCCGUGCCCGUGCUUAACAGCAAGUCUUUCUCAGGCCAGGAAACAGUCUUCUGCUCUUCUCAUGUUCCAGUUUUUCCCCUCUCAGCUUCUCUGUCUACCUUUUUUCUUCUGAUCCCAUGUGCUAGGAGUCCUUCCCUUAACUUCCACCGGCUGUGAAUGUCCCUCAAACACGCAGCCAUAAUGCUGGGACUAAAUCCUGCCUUUCAAAAACUGAUUCUUGCCGCUUACAACAACUUUUACCCUGAGAAAAUCUUUUUCUGACUCAAAGUGAGCCUGGAAAAAUCAGUGGCUGAAAGCUUUACACUGCUAUCUACACACAGAUGGAGAACGCAAACAUAGUUAACUAACCAGCUUGUGAGCGCUGCAUUGCUACUGCAUGCAAGGUCUUUUAUAUUGCACCCCCACAUGCAAACUGAAGUCCAGGGGCGUUCGCAGGCACCUCUGCCUUUGAGAUGGUGUUGGCGCAUACGAGCAGCUGGGGACACUUGUUGAAAUCUGAAUCUCUCUUUUCUUGGCUUGCUUGCUCCCCCGCUCGAGUGGUGGGAGUCAUUGCUAGAGCUAAAACUAAUCUCAGUGCAGCCCAUGGUAAUUAACAGGAGUUACUUCAUCCUGUAAUCACAGAUGUUUCUCUUGAGGCAGCGAAACAGCACAGCGCUGAACACGGGGAGGAAGUGAAAGGGGUGAUUGCCUGAUUUUGAAAUGAAAGGAAGAAUUUAGUCAGUGUGUAAUUAUUCAAGUGAGAAGUUGGUCCUGUACGUCUUUAAUAUUCCAAAGUGGUAUUUGAUGUGAAUCCUUCCCCAGAGCUCAUUACAUUAGCUCUCAGCUCACCCUGAGCGCGCCGGGCGCCAAGUGCAGUGCGCAGCACAUUUUAUAACCAAGUAGAACGAUGUCACCCUCAUGAUCCUGCAGCUCCUAAGUACGGCUUUGUCUUCAGCCUAAAGAUGAAAUGGAAUACGUUUGAUGAGAUUCCUUUGGUAUUUGCAGCGUGGAAUGUGUGAGGAAUAUUGCUUUGCACCUCCAGCAAUAACUGUGCCUUUUUUUGCCUAAAAGAAGUUAUUUGUAGUAUUUUUCUUUACAGAAAACGAAUUUUUUCCUUUACAGAUCCCUAAGCGCUUUACAAGAAGACCCACGGAUCCCUUUUGCAGAGAUACCGGUCAGAGCUCCUGAGAAGCCAGAAACGCGUCCUGACCCCGGGGAGCCGGAUGCCAGCGGUGUGUGCACGCCGAGUCCCAGCGCCUGUCCCCGGCGGCGGGUUCGCCUGUUGCAGACACCGCUUACCGUAAGUGACAGGCUGCAGUGACACCGCGUGAAUGUCACUGCUGGGGGACGGGCAAGACGCCCGGCCACCCCACCGAGACCGGGCGGGGAGCGGCACGCCUAACACAGACAGCGUUUGGGGAUGGAUCGGGAGGAAGACUCCGAUUGCAUGAGUAGACAGAGCAUCGUGAGAGCAGAGUGAGAUUCUCCUCACCAUAUAAACGAGCUCUAAAAGUGAGCAGCGUCUCUCAGCCACUGAAAAUCCGCGCUGGCAGACUCGGUGCAAAUAUGCUGUCCCCUGUUAUGACAAAUCUCUGACAAGCCAAGGUCAGAAAGCAGAAAGUUACAGCUGCUCCGUCAUGCCAGGGACAAAAAAAAAGAAAGAAAACAAAAAGCCUUGUUUUAAAAUAAACGGUUUUAAAUAAACAAGUGUUCUUUGAACCACAUCAGAGUACAUACCUAACAAUAUUUGUUAAGUAAAUAUUAGUGACAUGUUUUAAGUCUGGCUCAGCAUGUAUUAGCAAAGGGGUAUUUGUGUUGCUUUUGUUGUAACGAGAGUCAAUAGUGUUUCUAGAAGGUGGUCUGAAAAAAGAGACUUUGGGGAUUUGUUCCCACUUAGCAUCCCACAGAGAAACAUCUGCCCACCAGUAGCCCCACCUCAGGACUUAUAAAACCUUCCCAAUGCACUGAUUUCAGUUAUUUAUACUUCACUUUCAUUGACUUCGUUCAGUUCACAAUCUGCCUCUUAGGUGGUAUUUUUUGCCCAUCUUAGAUUUUUGUCUGUCUAUCCUUUGACCUUCUGGCUUAUUUAACCCUUUUUAAGAGCCAGGUAUUAACUCCAGGGUUGAUGCACAGAGAAUGCAAAGCAAGGGAACAGGUUGUAACGAUGAUGCUGAAUGUGAAAUUCACCACCAGGAACAAAGGUUUUAUUUGACAUCUGACGGGCUGUGAGGAAGUCAGACUGCUUCUUAAAUGUCCUUUCCAGUUACGUCAAUACAAGUGACCUCUUCGGGCAUGCUCAGAAAUUUUGGGCUUAAUAAAUCAUCACACGCUUCCACGUAUGGGAGGUGAUGUGACUUCUGCCCCCCGGCCUUUGUGGGGUGUUGGAGAGGAGGAAAGGGGGGAAACCACAGUUCAUAAAUCAGGCCUGAGCUACCCCAAAGUCGGGCCACUGGAGUCACAGUGAGGCUCUGCAGGCAAAAGUGACAGCUUGGCUUUUAUCUGUAUGCCAUGGCAUCACAGGUCGAUUCUAUGACUUCUUUCUCUUCUUUCAUGUCAGAGGAAUCAAAGCCCCAACCUCCCCUUCCCAAAUUGCCUCCGGUUAAUAAUAGCAUGAACAGUAGUUAACGCAGGUUUGAAAGAGGCUUUGAUGAGAUAUUGCUCUUUGAUAAGCUGUUUCAAGGGCAGGAGGCAAAGUGUUUACUUUGCUUGGAAGAGGAGUCUGAUGAGCAAUUUGCUUUUCUUCUGCUGAGGCCAAGCAGAGCUUUGUUACCUCUGGACUGUGGAGACUGCAGAGGUGUUUUACAGCUGCUGCUCUUCACCUCUGGCUAUUUCUUUGCCCCGUGCAAGAAUAAAAAGUUACGAGUGAAGCCCAGCAGCCUGUCCCCCCCUGUGACAGCCGCCUCUGUGCUGAGCCGCAGCGACGAUCCACUCCCCAGCUGUCCUUCCAUGGCUGGUUUUCCUGCCUUUGGCUGUCCUGGGAAGCCCUGAGGAAUUACUGGGAGUGCGGUGAGGAAUUAGGAGUGCGGUGGAACCCGAAGUGCAGCUGGCACAGAGGACAGAGCGAGCCGCAGCUUCUUGAGCAGCUGAGCCCUCCGAACCACGCGCUGCAGCAGAAAGGGGCAAACAUGCAAGGUUGGGCUGGCCAGCCCGCCUAGUGGUGGGCCAGCCUCUAAGACACAAAGCGGUUUAGUCUGAGGGUACCGAAGCUCUCCGAAAGCUUAGGCCAUGCUAAACACACCAGGUGCUUUCCUGGAGCCACACCAAAGGAGUGAAGGCAAGCAGGGCUACUACUGAUUCUUGCUACAAGAAAGGUUUACAAACUCAGAUGAUAAAUGGCGGGGCUGUUCAGUGUUCAUUUCAUCAAGCACUUCAUUGCACAGGCUGUGAAGCACAUCUGGCUCUCGCUGCACAGCAACAAUAACCAGGUUUACUCCAGCAGCCCAGCUGCAGCGUGCAGGUCAGCAUGGAAGAGGGACAGGGCAGCAGGCAUUGGGGUGGCCCCCGGCACUUCCUGACCAUGCACUUCCCGGCACUACAGACAGAACGUAAGGAAUUUUGUUAAGACAUUGGGAGAGAACUUGAGUGAAUCCAACUGUCUGGAAAAUACUUCCGAACAGCGGGACUCUGUAUUGUUUUGUCUGGAUGGCCGGUGUCCACAGGCUGCGGGAGCUGCGGGCCGGUACCUCCGCAGCGUCGCGGCGGCCCCAGCCGCGCUGCCGGGAACGCGGGGGCUGCGGUGGCGGCUGCGAGCGGGUGGCUGGGAACCUGCUCACCCACCCCGGAGCGGGAUGGUAUUCACACGCUUAAAUCUGCAGGACGAAGCACUUGUUAUGGGAAAGAGAUGGACACGAUAAGCAGGUGCCACGCAAGAUCGUGGCGUUUGGGAGAGCGCUGCUGGAGGCGGCACACGGGCUGCGGGUGGCGGCGCCGCCGGGCGGGCAGGCUGCGCUGCGGGAAACGCCGCGUUGCUGCAGGAGAGGCAGACCCUGCGGCCACGCCGGCUGGAGCCCGAGCCGUCCGGAACCAGUCGCCGCCUUACUCGGGGCCACGCGUGGCGGCAGAGCCCACGGUGAAAGAGGAGCCGUCUCGCCGCGCCAAGGGGCGGCAGCACCCUCCCGGCGCCCGCUGCCUGCGGGUCCCUUUGUUCCUGCUCCAGGACUGGGUGAGCGGAGACGCUGGACGUGCUGAAGGGUUAUGGGUUUGGCCCUCACUCACAGCUGUACAGAUGUACCGCACUUCCUCCUGUCCGCUGGACUUACACGGAAAGAUGAGGUUGAUACGUCUGCCCUGGGUGCUGUGCUGGUCUGAUCAACAGGCCCUGUAGUGGACGUGGUGACCUCCCUGUAAAGUUUUUAUAUAAAGAUAGUGCCUGGUAAUGACCACCGAGUCAUAUUCUGUUGAACAGGCUGCUCCAUACUCAGCCACCAGGCCCGCGCUCCCCAAGAGAUUCAUCGAGCUGGCAGCAGAGUGACAGAGCUGUGUGGUGCCUGGACAGUCCCACCCCAGUGCUGAGAACAUCAUGUUUGGCUCAGAAGGUCUGUCCUUGCAGCAGUCCUGCGAGAGUGUUGUGAAGUCCCUGGAGCUCACCAGUUGAAAAAUACUUUGGAUUGAGUUCUUGUAUCAUCUGAAGUGAAUCCUGGCACCAGGAUACAGAUAUAUCCAUUUAAAAGAAGAGCGUGGCUCUCUGUUUUUGGAAUACAAAGGUAAAACUUGUUCCAGUGGGUGGAAGUUGGAUCCUGCUGCAAGUCACGCAUUUUGGAGCGAAGAAUGGUGCUUCCUCACCCCUUCAUUCCCUGGCAUUCCCUGUACGCUUCAGCUGCUGUUCUCUGGUAUGGCCUGGCCAGCGUCAGCAGGGCUCACGUGGCCACCUCGUGGCCUCUGCAGUGGCGGUGGCUGAGUCACCUGCUGCAGGGGGACACGGGUUGUGCUCACUGCAAGACAGCGACUGGCUGUCCGACAGAGUGACCGUCACCACCCUUUCUGCCCUGGAAAUCCCUGAAUUCCUGGUAGACCGAGAGAUCACCCUGUACAUACAUAGCUCAGUGUCACAAAACCCAUCUUCUUUUGGGUAUUGCAAAAGAAAUAGGUAUCCAAGAGAAGACGGUACUAAUUGCUGCUAUAAUUACAUACUCAGCUUCUGUUGUCAUGAUUUCUGCAAAGUCUGUUUCAUGGAAACUUUUUCAAAGCUAUUUGGGGAAGAACAGGAAGCUUUUGGCACACAGUUCUACAUCAAAUCUCUUCAGUUUUGCCAGGCUGUGUUUGUAGAGACCCUGUAUAUUGUAGAGGCCACCACCUGUCCCUGACUGUCCCCUAGAAUGGAAACUUGAAACAGUUAUUUUUGUAAUGAAUGUGCAAUAAAUAUGUGGAAAAGCUUAA